UUCCAUCAUCGCAGAUGAAAAAGAUAAUGGACAUGAUAAAAUAUGAUUGGAACACGUUAACAAAUAGUAUGGAAUAUAAAAUAAUACAUAGAUAUACGUAUAUAGGGGCAACCUAUGCACAGUUGUUUGCAUUAAUCGCUUAUAUCGUGCCAUUAUUUAUUACUUUUGGACAUUUUGUACCGGAUUUUCUCGAUAUAGUGGAGCCGCUUAAUCAAUCUCGUUCACACCAAAUGAUAAUUCUGGCCGAAUAUUUCGUUGAUAACGAAAAGUAUUUUUAUUUUAUUGCUUUACAUGUAAAUGUGUGCUUUUUCAUAUUUCAAAUCACACUUAUGUCUACUACAUCCACAUACAUAUCGUAUAUACAGCAUGUGUGCGGAAUGUUUCAGAUAGCUAGCUAUCGCAUCGAACAUGCUCUGGAUAGUUACGAGAAAGGUAAUUUGAUCUCCGAAAGACGUUGCGUAACUUGCGCCAGAUUAAUCAGUGCCAUUGAUAUUCACAGACGAGCCAUCAUGUUUUUUGAAUUUAUGGCAGAUACCUUUAUAAUAUUGUAUUUUUGUCUGCUUUUCCUCGGUGUGGCAUCUUUAACUAUUAAUGUAUAUUGCGCGGUAAUUACAGAGGGAAUCAUUGAGAAUUUUAUAUCUAUAUUAAGCGUACUGAUUCAUCUGUUUUAUUUCUUUCUCGUCAAUUAUGCGGGACAAAAGGUGUUGGAUCACAGCAAUAUUUUUUUAUCGAAAACAUAUAAUUCUAAGUGGCACAUGAUGCCGUUGCAUGUGCAGAAAUUAAUAUUAUUUAUAAUGCAAAGAAGUACGAAAGAUUGUAUGUUGCUCGUAGGUGGUAUUUAUGUCGCGUCAUUAGAAGGUUUAGCCACGGCAAUGAGUGCAUCCUUAUCCUACUUCAUGGUAAUUUAUUCAACACGUUGACGUGAACAAGAAUUCCGUACAAUCGAUAUUACACAAACAGAAUUUUUAAUAUUUCGACACGGAUUCACAAAUUUUUCGUUUUUCCAACGCUCGUUCGUUGAAGUGCAAAGGAAACAGAAUGCCAAACUGCCUUGAGAACGGAUACGUAAUAUAUACUUCAAAGAGAAAUAAAAUUUCUUGGAUAUCUAUUAUAAACAGAUCUUUUUAAUACACAGUAAUUUUACAUUAUACAUUAUUAAUGAAAAAUUUUACUUGAGCGCCGCUUGUAGCACUCAACGGAUCUAAAAUAUAUUAAUGCAAAUUUAUUUGCAUAUCUUGUCUGUUAUAUUUAAUUAUAUUUUUAGUUGAUAAAAUUAUUUAUAGCAGAAUCUUAAUCUUAUAUUGUUUAAUUUAUCGUAUGAUAUUCCAUCUAUCUACUUUUUCAAGUAUAAUACCUUUUAUGUAUAAUCUCAAAAGGUAAGGUGUUAUAGAUUGAUCUAAGUUUCUUAUUAAUAAUGAUAAUGCACAAAGCAAAUCAAAGAGAUAAUGGAAAGAGUUUGAGAUAAGUGGAACGCAUUAAAACGAACAAAAAGUCGAGAUGAUGAGAUAUUGCAAAUCUGAAAGAAUGUAUAUACAUAUACGUAUUUACGGGUAGGAAAUGGAACCAAGAAUUGCAAAAUGCAUAUAGCAGAAGAAAUAUCUCGCCGAUGAUUUCCGUUCGUAAUUUCUUACGGAGUAACGUUGAUUUCCUGAUUUCAGACAUAAAUUUCAGACAUAUUUCGGCACUGUUUCAUUACAGUAUUGUGAGAUUAAUUUUAAAUAUAUUUUGAAAUGUAGUAGUUGUGUGUAUGAAAUGUACAUAUGUAUGUGAGUAUAUGUUAUAUCAACAAGGUCAAAAAAGCGCCGCAAUGAGAAGCCGCGGAUUGUCGGCGGUAUAAUAUCGGCUAAAAUAUAUGCGUAGUUUUGACUUUUCGUUUUACAUUUAUUUAUGAUUGGUCAGAAUUUUAUUAUUGAUGCUGCUAAUUGUCAUGACAUAUGAAAAUUGGCAGCAUAAUAAAACGUACAA